AUGCGCGCGAUCGACGAGGUGUUCGGGUACACGCACGCCACCGCGGUGCAGGACCAGACCUUGCCGCCCAUCCUCAAGGGCCUCGACGUCCUCGCGCGCGCCAAGACGGGAUCCGGCAAGACGAUCGCCUUCCUCGUCCCGUCCAUCGAGACGUUGCUUCGAUCGCCCGCGGGCCGGGCGGGCGACGUCUCCGUGCUCGUCCUCUCCCCGACGAGAGAGCUCGCGUCGCAGAUCCACGAGGAAUCGCUCAAGCUGCUCAAGUUCCACGCGCUCAAGUCGCAGGUGGUGUUCGGCGGGACGAACAUCAAGUCGGAGCGCUCGAGGAUGAACUCGCAGCGGUGCGACUUCCUCGUCGCCACCCCCGGACGUCUCAUCGACCACUUCGAGACGUCCGGGCUCCAGCCGAGGUGCCAAAACCUCAAGGUGCUGGUGCUCGACGAGGCGGACCAGCUGCUGGAGAUGGGGUUCAAGCCCUCCAUCGACAAGAUCCUGGGGUUCAUCCCGCGCCAACGCCAGACGCUGCUCUUCUCCGCCACGGUUCCCAACCAGGUGAAGCAGAUCGCCGCCAACGCGCUUCGACCGGGGUACGCGUACGUGGACUGCGUCGGCGAGGAGGACUCCGCGACCAACACCCAGGUCACCCAGUGGCUCACGAUGGCGCCCCUGGACGACCACCUCCCGCUGCUCGUGCAGCUGGUGAACAUGCAUCAGGCGCAAAACCCGGUGGAGCACAAGGUGAUCUGCUUCUUCCCAACCGCCAGGGCGACGCAGCUCGCCGCGGAGCUCUUCCAGGCGCUUGGCAAGCCGGUGACGGAGAUCCACUCGCGGAAGUCGCAGGGACACCGCACCAAGGCGGCGGACGCGUUUCGCGAGGCCAAGUGCGGGGUGAUGAUGUCAUCCGACGUCUCCGCCCGCGGUUUGGACUACCCCGACGUCACCCUCGUCGUCCAGGUUGGUCUCCCGUCGAGCAGAGAGCAGUACAUCCACAGGCUGGGUCGAACCGCGCGCGCCGGUAAGACGGGCGAGGGCCUCCUCUUGCUCGCCCCGCACGAGGAGUUCUUCACCAGACAACUCAAAGACCUUCCCAUCACCCCCGCCCCCGCGAGCGUGGACCCGGACGUGCUGAACGCGGUGAACAACGCGUUGAGGAGGGUCGACGUCCGGACGAAGGAGCAGGCGUACGUGGCGUGGCUCGGCUUUUACAACUCAUCCACCGGCAAGAUGGGCUGGGACAAGAAGAGGCUCGUGGACGAGGGAAACCGGUACGCGCUGGAGGUGCUCCAGUGCCCGGGGCUGCCGGGUAUCCUCAAGAAGACGGUGGGCAUGAUGGGGCUCAAGGGCGUUCCCGGGCUGAACCUCGUCUCCGAGCUGCCGGGCCAGGGCGGCGGCGGCAGGGGCGGCGGCGGCCGCGGCGGAGGCGGCGGGCGCUUCGGCGGCGGCGGGCGCGGGGGAAGGCGCUGA